UGAAGUUCGCGGCCACUUUAACAUCUAGGACUGAAUCUUAAUCCUAAAUUAGAUUUCGAGUGAUGUAAAAUAUUUUUCCACCUUUUUUUGUGUAUACCCAAGGUUUGUUGUUCUUCAGAAAAUGUCCAGUGCACCACAGAUUCAAAAAUUAGAUGAAGUUGUCAUUAACCGCAUAGCUGCAGGCGAGAUCAUACAACGGCCUGCAAAUGCUAUCAAAGAAAUGAUCGAAAACAGUCUCGAUGCAAAAACAAAAUCAAUUCAAGUCACUGUUAAAAAUGGUGGUUUGAAAUUAUUGCAAAUAUUAGAUGACGGUUGUGGUAUUCGCAAAGACGACUUAAAUAUUGUUUGUGAACGAUUCACGACGAGCAAGUUGUCAUCGUUUGACGACUUGAAGUCAAUAUCAACGUAUGGUUUUCGUGGUGAAGCUCUAGCUAGCAUCAGCCAUGUUGCGCAUCUUACCAUAACAACAAAAACCGCUGACUCACCAUGUGCGUACAAAGCGAAAUACGAAGACGGGAAAAUGGUACCGUUGCAGCGAGGAGGAGUUGCAGUUGCGAAGCCAUGUGCUGGAAAUAAAGGUACUCAAAUAACUGUCGAAGAUUUGUUUUACAAUGUCGCUGUGAGAAGAAAAGCUUUCAAAAAUCACAACGAAGAACAUUUAAAAAUUGCCGACGUCAUCAGCAAGUAUUCUAUUCAUAACCCGACUGUUGCUUUCACACUAAAGAAAUAUGGCGAAAAUAUCGGUGAAAUUAGGACACAGUCAGAUUCAACCGUGGUAGACAAUAUCAAAGCAAUUUACGGUCCUACAGUUGCUAGGGAGUUGCUACAAGUUACACAUGAGGACGAUAAAUUUGGCUUCAAAGUAAACGGUUACAUUUCCAAUGCUAAUUAUUCUAUGAAAAAGUGUGUCUUUCUUCUUUUCAUUAACCACAGACUGGUCGAAUCAACUGCUCUAAGAAAGGCUUUAGAUGCUGUGUAUUUAAACUACUUACCGAAAGAUAAACACCCGUUCAUGUACAUGAGUUUAGAAGUAAAUCCAUCAAACGUUGACGUAAACGUGCAUCCAACGAAACAUGAAGUAAAAUUCCUGCAUGAGGAGAUGAUUAUAGAGAGUAUUCAGGAAUGCGUUGAAACAAAAUUGUUAGGUGCUAAUGAGUCGCGACAGUAUUAUACCCAAAUGUUGCUGCCGAAGAUGGUAACAGCUGGUAUGGAAUGCCCAGUGGCAGGUGUGAUCGGAGAUUCAAAUAACGAAAAAAGUGAAGCUAAAAAAUUAUAUGCACAUCAAAUGGUUCGUACUGAUUCAAGGGAAAGAAAGUUGCAAGCAUUUUUUUCACCAGCUUCAAAAACAAAUUCCACUGAGUUAACAACCUCUUCAGCAUCACUGGAAACUGAAUGUUCACCACCAAAAUCGAAUUUAGAAUCUUUUCUAUCAAAUUCUGAGCUAGUAGAAAAACAUCCGAGCGGCUUAGAGUCAGUAGAUUGCCCGGUUAAUUCAGAGACAGUUAACGAAAAUUGUCCCGGCAACUCAAAGCCAGGCGGUGUAGAUAUCUCAGUAAAUUCGGAGCCGAUGGUAGUAGAUCUUCCAAGUUUAAAUUCUGAGAAGAUGGAUAGUACAAUUCCAGUAAUUAAUUCACCUGGGCAGGAAGACAAUGUUGCAAAAAUUUCGUGCAACGAUGACACCACUACAAAAAAAACUGACAACACAACUUCUAAGUGUAGUUCAUCUUUAAAACGGAAGUCAACUAGUAAAACACGACCGGAUGAACGCAAAAUCAAAUUGACCAGCGUGAAAAAUCUUCGCAAAUCAAUCGAUGACAAGGAACAUCUUGGUUUGAAAAAUCUUCUAGAAGAUCAUAAAUUUGUAGGAUGUGUAAAUAAGCCUUUGACGCUGGUGCAACAUUUAACUCGCCUGUAUUUAGUCAACUCGCAAAAACUAAGUGAAGAAUUGUUUUAUCAGAUAUUAAUUUUUAAAUUUGGAAAUUUUGGAUACAUUAACUUGUCCUCCCCCGCGCCAAUAUAUGAGUUAAGUUUGCUUGCUCUUGACUCUCCCGAUAGUGGAUGGGUACCCUCCGAUGGAGAUAAAACGGACCUUGCUAGGUAUGUUGUUGACUUGCUUAGUAGUAAGUCCGAAAUGUUAUUGGACUAUUUUUCGUUGAAGAUAAACGAGCAAAAUGAACUGGUUUCGUUACCGUUGCUGCUUGAUAAAUAUACACCGAAUUUAAACGGAUUACCGAUGUUCCUCUUGAAAUUGGCUACUGAGGUGAACUGGGAUGCAGAACAAGAAUGUUUUGAUGGCUUCUCGCGCGAGUGUAGUAGGUUUUACGCGUUUGGUCCUGAUCCAAUCGGUGACGACAAGGAUAGUGACGAUGAAGAAAUGGAAGGAAAUGACAUCACGUGGAAAUAUACAGUAGAACACGUUUUGUUUCCCGCUUUUCGAACUUCACUAAUACCACCUAAAAAGUUUUUUGAAGAUGGAACAUUUCUUGAGGUUGCUAAUUUACCAGACCUGUAUAAAGUAUUUGAACGGUGCUAAGUGUAUUAUAUAGUUGAAUUGUUUAGUUGUGUAUAAGGUUAUGUAACGUUUCUUA